AAUUGACCCUAUCUUUAAUUAGACCAUAUAUAACUGCCAUUCUCAUUCUCCUCUUUAGACUGCCUCUCUCUUUCUGUACCGCCCCUUCUUCUGCUUCCAUUAUUCUUCAAUAAUUCUCAAUUUCUCAAUAAUACUAAAAAUCAAUCAUGCCUGCAACAGAGUAUCAGGGUUCCUUCCUCGGCCGCAUCAGCAUCCGGCGCAACCAGAUCGCCUCCAUGGACGGCAACCACGAGCAAGAGCUGGAAGACCUCGAGCUCUUUCAGAAAAACGUCGCCGACCGCUUCGCCGAACUCCUGCCCCCUUCCUCCGACGCCCCCUCCUCCGACCACCCCCCCGACCCCCUCCUCUCCAUCGCCUGGCUCCGCAACCUCCUCGACGUCUUCCUCUGCUGCGAAGCCGAGUUCAAGGCCGUCCUCGUCAUGGUCCGCGACCCCUCCCACAUGCUCAAGCCGCCCCUCGACCGCCUCAUUCCGGACCUCCUCGACCGGUCCGUCAAAGCCCUCGACGUCUGCAAUGCCAUCUCCCACGGCAUCGACUCCGUCCGUCACUGUCAGAAGUUCGCCGAGAUCGCCGUCUCCGCCCUCGAGAGCCGCCCGAUCGGCGAGGCCCAGCUCCGCCGUGCUCGCCGUGCCCUCCUCUCCCUCCUCGCCUGCGUCACCCUCGACGACAAGGAGAGCAACUCCGGAAAAUCCACCGAGCGGUCGUGGUCCCUCGGGCGGCGCUCCGGCCCGUCAGGCGCCAAGGACCGGAGUGCCGGCACCCUGAGAUCCCUGUCCUGGAGCGUGUCGAAGUCCUGGUCGGCGGCGAAGCAGAUUCAGGCGAUGUCGACGAAUCUAGUGGCGCCACGCGGCGUCGAGCCGUCGGGGAUGGCCCAGCCCGUUUACAUUCUUAGCACGGUGAUGGUGUUCGUAAUGUGGGCCCUGGUAGCGGCAAUACCGUGUCAGGAGAGGACUGGGCUGGCGGCCCACAUUCCGGUGCCGAGAAACUUGGGCUGGGCCCAGUCGAUGAUUGGGCUUCAGGAACGGAUAUCGGAGGAGUGGAAGAAGAAGGAGAAGAAGGCGUGUGCUGGGUUGAUGGACGAGAUGCAGCGGAUGGAGAAGAUAAGCCAGUCGUUGGUGGAGGCCUCUGAUGCGUGCCAGUUUCCGGUGGAGGAGGAGCGGGCGCAGGAGAUCGCAGCCCAGGUGGGCGAUCUGGCUGAGAGUUGCCGGAAAAUGGAGGAAGGGCUGGUCCCACUGCAGCAACAAAUCAGAGAGGUCUUCCAUAGGAUCGUGAGGAGUAGGACGGUGGUCCUCGAUGUAUUGGAUCAGUCCGGUAAAGUAUCGGCGGCCCCAAUUCUGUGACGGGGCCCAAUUUACUGGAAACGGGUUUGGAUUUACCCCAAACGGGUAGGUCCGAAUUGGGUCGUGGUUUUUGGAUGGACAGAUACAAAAUAGGGGGUGGUGAUCCGACAAAAAUGGGUCACAAUUCGGGUUUUUAUAUGGUAUGAUGGGUUUGGGCCACUACCUUUGUGGCAAAGCGAGAAAUAUGAGAUCUACUGCUUGUGUCAAUUAUAGGCUCAUGAUUUUUCUUAUAUUUUUUUGGUUUAGGUGAAAUGUAAAUUUUUUUUUUGCGUUUGUAAUAGGAAAUGAUAUGUAAAUUAGCAUAUCUGAAGGCAACCAGUGGUUGGUUUUGUUCU